AUGACUUCCCACUUCUUGCCCUUCGGCCCCGGCACCGGCCCCGGGCCCGCCAUCGGCUCGGCCCACUCGCCGCAGACUAUCCAUCUACCUCACGGCGCCAUUGCUGCCGCCGCCCCAGACGACGAUGAAGAAGCGAUGGUCCCUGACGACGACGACAGCCUCUACGCGCACUCGGACGACGGCUACGCUUCCGCGUCCGACAUCGCAGACGACGGCACCUACUCCCUGACGCCCAGCGUCACCAACUUCGUCCACCAAGACGGCCGCACCUUCCACCGCUUCCGCGAGGGCCGCUACCACUUCCCCAACGACGCCCCCGAGCAGCGCCGCGAGCUCAUGAAGCACGACGCCAUGAUGCUCCUGCGUGACGUCCGCCUGCACUACGCCCCGCUGCUGAACCCCCAGAGAAUCCUCGACGUCGGCACCGGCGUCGGCGCGUGGGCCGAGGAGAUGGGCGACAAGUACCCGGGUGCCGCUGUCGUCGGCCUCGACCUGAGUCCCAUCCAGUUCCUGAUGCAACCCCCAAACGUGACCUUCGUCAUAGACGAUGCCGAAGACGACUGGUGCGACCCGCCGGAUACCCUUGACUUUGUCCGCCUGGGAAACAUGGCUCCCUCGAUCCGCGACUGGCCGAGGCUGUUCAGGAGCGCCUACAGAUCCCUCAAGCCAGGCGGCUGGAUCGAGCUCCACGAGUUUCGCUGGUUCUAUGGCUGCGACGACGGUACCAUGCCCGCCGACUUCGCCCCGAUCCGCAUGGUGGCCUACCUCACCGAGGCCCUGCGACUCGUCAACACGGACAUGAACGCCGCCCAGCGGAACCCGGACCGCCUCCGCGACGCCGGCUUCGUCGACAUCCGGCACAUCGUCAAAAAGGUUCCCGUCGGGCCCUGGCCCAAAGACGACACCAAGAAGUUCAUCGGCCUGCUGACGCACGACGUCAUCUACGACGGCCUCGAGGCCAUCACCCUCCGCCCGUUCAUAAACAUCCUAAAGUGGUCGCACAGUGACGUCGCGAGCUUCCUCGACGAGGUACGAAAGGACCUCAGGGACCCUUCGGUCCACGCCCAUGUAUAUUUUCACGUGCUUCUCGGUCAGAAGCCGUUGUAG